AUGUGCAAAGCACACGCUUUGCGUGUGCUCUGGCAAGGACUCCUGAUUCCGUUUGCCAUUGCACAUAGUAGUUCUGCCAAACCAGCGAUACACGUAGCGUACGAUGGAAGCGCCUCGAGGGUGGGAGGUAUGGACGCCCGGCUCCUCAGGACAGACGCGAGGCAUCAUGAGCCUGAUAACGAAAAGUCGGAUCCAAGAGACACUGGGUGGUUUAUUGAGGAUGUAGUGGAAAACACGAUUGCCAAAGCCCAGACCUUUGACUUUGACAAGCAAAGGGACCAGAUGCAGCGUCACAUACAUUACACUGCAGCAACCUCCCCUACAGGCAUGGGGUCCGGCCCGCCGAAAGACAGUUGGUAUAUGUCGGGGGGCACUCCUUUGGCUGACGAGGCUGAGGCCCGGAUUGUGGAAGGGCAGCAUCGUGCUGAGAAGGCAGGCCUUUCAACCGACUUUGAGAAAGGUGUUCCGCUUGUUCCGCCAGUCGUCGUGAAGAAGACCUCAGCCUCAGCAGCUAUUCCGCAGAACUUCCCAAAGGAAUGUUUCAAGCCCCGACACAGCACCACCAUUGGUGAGGACGAAGCUUGUCCUGAAGCUUGUCCCCUUUUUGCUGAAGACACGACGGCAGAGACGCAUUGCGUCUUCAAAUGUGUGACCAAAACUGACUGCGGAGCUCAAACCAGUGCAACCAACCUCGCUCGCUCCGUCCCGGACACAGAUGCCGGCUUUUGUCGGCGAUGCUCCGUUCCCGGCUGCAACCUCUGCAACAGGACGGCUCACAGUGAUACGUGCCAAAAAUGUUUGCGCGGCUUUGCUCUGCAGGAAGGAGCAUGUGUGUUCCAGGUGCCAAUAGUAGGAACCUUGUUGCAAAGCCUGGUGUACGUCGCACUCUUCAUCCCCAUGGCGUACUUCGUUGUGUGGUAUGUGAGCUUGGCCACAAGGAAGAAGGUGAACCUCGAAGAGGAAGCGCAAGCGCUGCAGUUUCGGACGCAGACGAAGUUAUGCGCGGUGGAGACUGUGAGCGGGGAAGCUCCUGCAGAGGAGCGCCAACUCUGGCCACUGAAAACGAACACACUUUCUGUGCCCGUUGCGGGCCCUGGCUCGGUUCUUUUCUUUCGCUACCAAGUCUUCAUCAUGCUCCUGGCACUGGUGCUGCUGACUUUGUGGGUGCUGUUCCUGUGCUUGACUGGAGCACAGCUCUUUGCUCUCGGGACAGAAGACCCGAAGUCUCCGAGGGAGCUGUGCAAUGUCAUUCACCACGGCUAUGAAGCGCAGCAAACGUACAUGUGGGCGAAGUCUUCCUUUGUACUCGCAGCUUACGUGACGUCCUUCGUGCUUUGCAUGCUCUUCGCCAUACAUCAGAGGCGGACAUUUAACAGGCUGAACGCGUAUCCAACGCAUGCGGACUUCGUGGCGCUGUUGGAAGGCCUGCCCGCAGUGAGUGGCUCUGAGCAGCUGGAGGAUCUGCUCAAGGCCGAGCUGGAAAAGGCCACCUCGCAGGAAGUUGUGGGUGUCUCGGUGGGCUGGCGCAUGGACGAUCAUGGUGAGCAGAUCCUCAAGCUCCUUGAAGAGGACGUCUUGGCGCUGGAAAGCUUGAGCACCGAGCAGGCUGACAAGGGUGGCUCAGAGGAGGUACAAACAUUUUCACGGCAGAGACCAAAGUGGCUAAGGAUCUUGGACAAAAUAAUGCUGUCUGGCAUGCUCGGCAUUGACACAGUGCCGCCCCCACCCGAAGAGGUGCAGGCGGCGCAGGCGGCGCAGGCGGCGCAGGCGGUAGAGGGAGGAGAAGCAAGCAAGGAAAGUAAGGACAGUACGGAAAGUAAGGAAAGUAAGGGGUCCGAGGCGAAGGAGGUGGACAAGGAGGGCAAGCAGGAAGAGAAGCAGACGGGAACAAAGGAUGAGCAAGCCUCUGAGCCUCCCGAGGUCCUCUGUACCAACCUCCAAAGCUCUCCACUGGCCCUUGUGAUUUUCAAGACGGAAGAUGGGCGGGAUGCCGCCCUGGAGAAGUGUAAGGAGAGCUUUACCUUCCGUGAGGCAAUGCUGAAGCUCAGGCCUAUUGUGACAGAGCCUAUGGGUGUCCAAUGGGAGAACAUGGCCAUCAACAAGGCAACUCGACGCGAGCGGCUCUUUGCCAGCAUCAAGAUCAUUGUCAUCGCCAGCGCCGCAUGGGCUGUCUGCAUCUAUCUACCUUAUGCCCUCUACGCAUCCUCCUUCUCCUACUCCAAUGGUGACAAGCCAUCUGCCAUGAUGAGCGUCGCGCUGACGGUCAUUGUCGUACUUGGGAACCUUCUCAUGUACACGACAUGUGCAGAGGCGGCCAAACGUAUCGGCCACGUGCUCCGAGACACGGAGGAAGGGGUCUAUAUGGUGCUGUACACCGUUGCGAUCCUCUUCAACAUCCUCUUGGAUGCUGCGGUGGGUGGAUACAUCGCUUAUCGAACUGCAGUUGCAAACCAUGCCCGAACUUAUGGUGGCAUCCUGGUAGCUGAUCUUACACGUGCACAAGCACUUUUCGAGAGCUUCGAAAUACAGCGACAGCUUGCUUUUCAAGUCUUCAAGUAUUGUUGGCCAUCGAUGUUCCUCAUCCCCUUCAUAGGAGAGGCUGUCGGCGCCAACUUCUUCACGCUCCAUUUGGCACGCCUUGUUGUCACAACGUUUCCGCACAUCAAGGGCUACAAAGCCCAGAAGGCUUUGAAGAUCUUCGUGCCCAUGGAUUCUGGGCGAUAUGCUGACGUGCUGAUCAACAUCGCCGCAGCAGUUCUGAUAUUCUUCUUGCCUGGUGGCUACACUGUGCCAUUGUUUGUUGGCCUCAUCGUAUCACAUAUGAGACAGGGAAGAAGCCAAGGCUCUGUGGUUGAUGACUAUGCCCAGCUACUCUUGAUCAUUCCCUGUUCUUUGAUGCUUGUGGUGAGACCCCAACCGAAAACGAACGAGUAUGCGGAGCACAGCGGAGCCAGAAGGGAGAGGUCCGGUAGGGAUGCUCCUGGUCAACUCAGGGAGCGUCGCGUUCUCACGCUGCCUCGCGCGAACUUUUCCUUCUUGGUCCUUGCCUUCGUGCAGAAGUACAACUGCUCAACAGACACCUUCUGCUUGCAGGCAGCCGGGCCUCCUCUCCUGUUCAUGUUCGGAGCACUUAAUUUAAUUCUUAGCGGACUCUGCCCUUGGAUUAUUGCUGCUAAUCACAUUUCUUCUGCACUGCGCCCUGCAUUGGUGCUCCGGCAGCAUUUUUUUAAUGUGUGCGGUGAGUCUGCAAUUGAGGGCCAUGGGCCCUUUCAUUUUGCAUGGGCCGAGGUUAGAUUUGCAAAGCACGUUGCCACUGUGAGGUACCUGGUGCCCAAGUAUGGUGAUGUGAAGGAGCACGUGCCAACGAAGCUCACCUACCAAGAGGCCUCAGAUGUUCGUGCGAUUAGGCGAUUAGACGCGCCUUCCCAGCUUUCCCAGGUGGCUGCCAAGAUCGCGCCGUCUUGGUUCAACAUGAAUCCUGGCUACUGCCUUCGCUCGAAGUACUUUUACAAGCACGAGAAGCCGUGCAGCUUCCUGAUCCAGGGCAGGGAGCAUGUCUUCGAAAGAGCGUCGGCCACCCAGUUUGCUUUCUUAGACCAAGCAAUGGCAUUCUUCGAGGAUCAGCGCCGGGUGGCCAAAGAGAGUACAAGCAGUGGAAACCUGUGGAGAAGCCUGUGGAGAAGCCCGAGAACCCGAAAUGACCAUCUGCGCCCGAAUGACCUGCGCUUGCGAGCAUGGCGCCAGCCAAAAGUUUUGCCAUCAGGGUGCGCAGUAGAGAUUCAUGGAGGGUUGGGUGAGGGGGUAUAUGGGGAGAGUACCAUACAAUGA